CACCAUCACCAUCACCAGCAGCAGCAGCAGCAGCAGAAGCAGAAACAUUACUCUGUCCCAAGCACUGGACUCAAUCAGACAACCCGCACGCAGCCUGCAAGAGACAUUGGUUUCUCCAAAGCCUGGCUCGUAUCCAAUGGCCACACCGUGCUCUUACGUCCGCUUCUCCACAGACCGGUCCCUCUGCUUAAAACCCUGGUCCCUGGCCCGCUUGACCUCUCUGGCUGCUCUGCUUCCUUUAAACCCGGGGCGAUCGUUCCCGUCUGUCCCUUCGUCCCUCUGCUGGCCUUGUCCCUCGCUUUGCCGAAGCUGUCUUGUUCCCUGCUGUGCCCUGUCGAGGCGCUGUUGUCUCCUCUCCUCUGCUCUGCUCUUCUCGCCUGCUCCCUCCUCCACUUCUAUAUCUCCUCCGUCUUCUCCUUCAUCUCCCUCCUGGCUCGUAUUACUACUGCCAGCAUCCUUAUUAUUAUGCCCUGUAUCGCCAAUACGUCAGAUUCCACGUGUGGUUUUGCGCAGAAAAAGAAACGACCCGAAGCCAACGGCGCAAAAGGGCACGGAGCAGCCCAUAUCCAGGAGUUGCUCCUGUUAACUAUAACUGCCCGGCUGCUGCAGUGCAUAAAACUACGUACUACAUCUGCCAUUCUUUUGCCUCCAUCGCAGCUUUCCCCGGACUCUGCUCUGCUGCAAUUCCGGACUGGGUGUCUAUGA